AUGCCCACCAUGAAAGCAGUAGCAUUCACCCCCGGCCCCGUCUCCGGCCUCCACAUCAUCGAACACGAGCGUCCCACAGCAACCGGUCGUGACAUCCUCGUCCGCAUCAAGGCCAUCUCCGUUAACCCCGUCGACACCAAAUGCCGUCAAGGCAAAUUCCCAGCUGAUCCAGUCCUCGGCUGGGAUGCUGCCGGAAUCGUCGCUGAAUGUGGUCCCGAGGUGACGAGGUGGAAGGUUGGCGAUGAGGUCAUGUAUGCCGGCGCGCUUGGUCGCCAGGGAACGAAUGCGCAGUUCUCGGUUGUGGAUGAGCGGAUUGUGGGACGGAAGCCGAAGAAUUGGGAUUGGGCUGAUGCGGCGUCUUUGCCUUUGGUUGGGUUGACUGCUUGGGAAUUGUUGAUCGACCAUUUCAACCUCUCCCUCGACAAACCCAACCCCGGAACCCUCCUCAUCAUCAACGGCGCCGGGGGCGUCGGCACGGCCGCCGCCCAACUUGCUUCCCGCGUCCUCAAAAUCCCGCGUGUGAUCUCCACAGCCUCCCGCCCCGAAACAAUCGCCUGGUGCAAACAAAACGGCGCAACCGACACCAUCGACCACCACAAACCCCUGGACACUCAGCUCAAGGAGUUGGGUGUCGAGAAUGUCGAGUAUAAUGCGGUCUUGUAUGGGCCUACGCCGGGGUAUGUUGAGCAGCUCAUCAAGACUGCGGCGCCGAGGGGGAAGAUUGGUUCUAUCGUCGAGUCGGACGACCCGAUUCCGCUUGCAGAUGCGUUUAGUAAGGCGUUGUCGUUUUCUUGGGUUUUCAUGCUUUCUCGCCCGAUGUACAACCACGACCUGGAGUUCCAGGGAGAGGCAUUGGACAAGAUGGCGACGUUGGCUGAGGAGGGCGUUCUGACUUCGUUCGCGACGGAGAAGUACAAGUUCACCAUUGAGAACUUGAGGAAGAUUCAUCAGUUGUUGGAGAGUGGAAAGGCUAUUGGGAAGCAGGUCUUGGUCUUGGAGGACGACGAUAUCACUGAGGCUUAAGCCUUGAGAAUACAGCAGAUGUACGAGUAGAAAGCGUCUUCUUGGAAUUUUUGGACGAGGGGUAUCUGUAAGAAUACAUAAUAUAGGAUCCUCUAGGUCAUCUACGCAGAUCCAU